AUGAGUGAGUUCGAGUCCGAUGUUGAGGUAGAGCCGGAAAGUAAGUUGUUUUAGGCUUGUUGAGGCUUAAAAUAGUUUUAGGUUUGUUUAGGCUUAACAUAGUUUUAGGCUUGUUUAGGCUUAACAUAGUUUUAGGCUUGUUUAGGCUUAACAUAAAUCUCAGUUUCUAAUAAAUUUAAAAAAUGAGUAAAUUAGCCUAACGUUUAUAAUAUAAAGACUUAAAUUCGUACAUAAAAUUUUCUAAAAUUCCGUUCCAGCCCAAGUGAAACAGUUAGAUGACCCGUUUUGUAACCCAGCCACACCUCAUAGCAUUUCAUUUUCUGACAUUUCUACGGCUGCAUUCAACAUCAGAGAUGGUAUUAUCAUUACUCCUACUACAGUAAGGCUUUUAUUAUAAAGAAUAUUAAUUUUUAACCCAAACAGCUUUAAAAAUCCUUAUUUCCAAUGAAACAAGAACAAAAAAUGCAUCAUUUUAAACAAAAAAUCAAAAAAAUUUUUACCCUGCCUUUUAAAAAAAAUUACCCUGCCCUUAAAAAAUCUGUAUUUUCUUCAGAAAUCACCCCAGCUAUCUCUAUUGCUCGGCAUGGAAGUCUACAACAAGAAAGAGUUUCUCCAAGUUACCGGUAGCUUCAAAGAACGUGGCGCACGCUACUCGCUACACCGCCUAACGGCCGAAGAAAAACAAGUUGGUGUAACGGCAGCUAGUGCUGGUAACCAUGCCUUGGCAUUAGCCUACCAUGGACAACUUAUGAACAUUCCAGUUACAGUAGUCAUGCCUACAUUUGCGCCUUUAAUGAAAAUCUCAGCGUGCCGUUCCUACGGAGCUAACGUGAUUUUACAUGGAAAAGACAUUGGUGAAGCUAGGACGCAUGCUUUUGAGUUGGCCAAAACUUCGAAACAAAAGUAUAUCAACGGCUUUGAUUACCCUGAUGUGAUUGCUGGGCAGGGUACUAUUGGGUUGGAGAUUUUGGAACAGGUGGGUAAAAGUAAAGUAAGGUGGAGUAUUGUAGGAUUAGGUAAGGUAUUUUAUAGCGAGAUAGGGUAUUUUAGGAUAAGGUAAGAUAUGGUAGAGCAUGAUCUAACAAAAAGCAAAGUUAAACUUUUAGGUAAAAAACGUCGAUGCAGUGAUAGUACCAGUCGGAGGAGGUGGCCUGAUAGCUGGAAUAGCGUUGGCCAUCAAGACCUUGAAGCCAGAAGUUCAAGUUAUCGUAAGUUUUUUGUAAUCUCAAAGCCUAUAUAUCAUAGUAUUUAAAAUACUACUACAAUAUUAAAAAGACCUACACAAUGCUCAAAAGCUUACAUAGUACUCGUCUAACAACACCCAAUUACAGGGAGUAGAAUCCGAAUCUUGUGCCUCAUUUCACAAUGCAAUGCACAACUCGCAUUUCAAAAUGCAGCCCGAAUCGAGCAUCGCCGAUGGUCUAGCCGUACCUACUGUUGGAGUAAACGCCGUAUAUAUGGCCAGAGGAAUAGUAGACGAACUAGUUACAGUAUGCGAAGAAAGCAUCGCUUUGGCGAUUCUGAGAUUCUUGGAAUUAGAGAAAAGUGUAGUAGAAGGAGCAGGCGCGGUUGGGUUGGCCGCUAUGUUGAGUGGGAAAUUGCCUCAACUUAAGGGGAAACGGUAAGCUAGGACAAAGUGUUACAGUACGGACAAGACAAUAUUUGUACGAAAAAGACAAUACGUUUCAGAGUUGUGAAUAUUAUGACAGGGGGGUAAUAUUGAUUCAACCGUACUUGGUCGUACUAUAGAACGAGGUCUCGCUGUAGACGGUCGUCUUGUCAAGCUUGAUGUUGUAGUUUCUGAUAGACCAGGAGGUAAAAUUUUAUUUUUCCAUUUAGCAAAGUAAAUUCUAUGUGACUUCCGUCUCAGUCAUUAUUUUUGACAAAAUUGCCGGUGGGCACAAAAUAAUUUAAAUUUUUCCUUAAAAAAUUUAAAAAUUUCCGUAUCUUAAGACUUUUCUGACAAUUUAUAGGUAUUGCCGAGCUGACAAACGUAAUCGCGCAUUCCGGAGCUUCCAUCAAAGACAUUUUCCACGAACGUGCUUGGCUAGCAGCCAACGUCUUUGAAGUUCGUGUUAGAGUAGUGGUGGAGACGAGAGAACGUGAGCACGCUAUGGAAUUGCAUCAGAUUUUGAAAGAUAAAUAUACCCAUGUAAGGACAUUUGAUUCAUAAAUAAUGGCGCUUAUUUUUACUAUAGAUAACGACUUAUUUUCAGGUAACGUUAUACGACAAAAAGCCUCACUUCUUGAUGAAUGCUUGA